GCUGUCAAACGGAAUUGUUGAUUUGUUUACUUCUUUCCUCGUAGCUAUUUUGUGAUAAGUUUUGCAUCGAAAAUGUGUGAUUUAAAAAUAGAAUUUCUAAAAGCACAGCUGGCAACUGCUAGAAGUGAAAUCAAAAACUUAAGGCAGCAACUUUCCAACCUGCAGCACAUGCACACGAAAGAGAUUCAGAAUGUGAUGACAAUAUUGAAUGAUUAUCGGUGCGAUGGGUGCCGGGAAAAACAGCAACAAAAUGGACAGCGCCAAGAAAUGGAAAGCGCAACUAAUGAGGACGAUGCCGAUGUGUGCACAUUCAAGCCAAUAGGUGUAAUUAAAACGGUGUUCAAUGAAAAGCGGGCUGUACCGCGGCAGGCAAGUCUGGCAACGGCUUUGCUGAGCAGGAUAGAUAUAUCACCCAAAACAUUUAACAAUCCCGGCCACUCGCUUGACGGGCUGGAAAACUUUUCGCACCUGUGGAUCAUUUACUACUUUCACCGCAAUCCUAACCAUGCGAAAGCGAAAGUAGCUCCCCCACGACUAGGUGGCGAACGUGUUGGAGUGUUUAGUACGAGAUCGCCCCACCGUCCAUGUCCGAUUGGAUUAUCGCUGGUGCAACUGGAUCGGGUUGAAGAUUCCAAAGUGUACUUUCUCGGUACAGACAUGGUUGAUGGUACUCCCGUUUUAGACAUCAAACCGUACAUCCCACAGUAUGAUGUCCCGGUGAACCUCAAAGAGGCAGAGUUUUUAAACUCACGCGAAGCACCGGAUGGCGAGGAAACAACCCUGUUAGACAGGAAUCCGGCCACCUCAAAUGGGCAACCGUUGCCUAACGUAUCCGUACCUAAUUGGGUUCUGAACAGUUCGAGCUUAAACGUUAUGUUCAAUGCAAAUGCAGAAUCUCAACUUCAAGAGCUUCAAAUAGAAAAGAAUUCCAUUGUGGAUGUACUAAAGGCCGAUCCACGUUCUGUUUAUUUACGCACGAAGUAUGGAUCGCAAAUAUACACGUUUCAAUUAGGAGAUCAUACCGUCACGUGCAAAUUUGAUGAUCAAAACACCACCGUAACCGUCCUACAAGUAAGAGAUGUUGUAAACUUCCAAGAAAUGGAUGGGGAAUGCUCCUCAUCUAAUGAAUAAAAUGUGAAAUUACUAUGACAAAUACAUUGUCUAGUAGUGUAAUGUAUGCUUCA